CAGAAUUCAGAAGAGUUUUUUUUUUUUUUUUCUUCUUCUUCUUCUUAUUUUUAUGCAAAAAUUCAGAAGAGAAUAGAUAAGUUGCAUACAAUAGAAGUCCAAAGAGAAGUGAGAUAAUUCGACGUGGGGAGAUCUUUAACACCAAAUUCCAGAAAAUAAAUGGAGGAAGAAAUGGAUUCGUUAUUUGAGGGCAUGGUACUCUUUAACCCUUCCCAAUUGGCUUCAGACCAAGACCAACAAAACCAUCAUCAACAACAACAACAACAACAAGACCAUCAUCAAGAACAACAACAACAGCAAGACCAUCAAGACAAUCAUCAUGAUCCAAUAAACCCUCCUCCUCCAAUUCCAAUCGAUGCUCCAACCACUACAGCUGAUUCUGAAAGUACAACGUCAUCAUUAAAUUCGAAUUCACAUUCAACGUCUCAGCCCCUUGACGAAAAUCUCUUCUCUGAUCUCACCAUCGUAGCUCCUCUCGAAACCCUUCCUCCAUCCCAGAAUUCUUCUUCUACUCCUUCGAUUUCAACAACAACGACAACAACAAGAGCAAUUCCCUCGAUUUCUCGACAGGUUUCGAGAAAGAAGAAACGAGCUGGCUUGAGAAUCGGAUAUGGCAGAGAUGGAAGCAGAGAUGCAUAUUCUCAUUUUUCACCGUCGGAUCUCGAUUCGGAUUCUCACUCUAUUCAAUCCGAUGCGCUCGAUGAUCUUCCUCAUACUGAAGAUCACAACCUUGUCUCUUCUACACCGACUAAAAUUGAUCAUGAUGAUGAUGAUGAUGAUGAUAAUCAAUCUACCACACAAGUUCAAGAAGAAGAGCAACACGAAGAAAAAGAAGUACAAGAAGAGCAGCAAGAAUCAAAAGAAGAACAAGAAGAGCAGCAAGAAGCAAACGAAGUACAAGAGGAAAAGGGUGAGUUGAGUUUGGAGGAUAUUAAGGCCCAAAUAGCUGAGAAGCUGAAGGGUGCUCGAGAAUUGGUGGCGUCUGUAUCUGCGGCGAGGAAGGAAUCCAUAAGGAGGAGGAGAAAAGCAGCUGAGAAUUUGAAUGUGGCAUUAAUCAAGCACAGGGAUUUGGAGAAGGAGUUGGAAGAAGCAUGUGAGGCCGAAGAUUUCGAGAGGGCCGAGCGUGUUAGCGACUCCCUGGCCGCUGCUGAGGAGGAGAAACAAAGUUCCCUCAUUGCAUUGAGAGAGGCAGAGGCACAAUCUGAUGCCAAUGAAUCCAAUAUGCAGGAGGCUCUUCAAGCUCAGAUUGCUGCUGAGGAACUUUGUGUCUCCCUACUCCACAAUUUCGCAACAGAUGCUGCAAAUAAUGCGGAGUUAGUGUUAAAGACAGCAGAAGUAGCAUCCUCAAAAGAGAUGGACAAAUGGCUUUCAUCAACUGAAGCCUUGGAAGUCAAGAAGAUGGAGGUGGAAAUUGAAUCACAUUUAAUAAAUGAAGCUCGAGAAGUAUUUAAUAAUUCCAUUGAGCAUUCAAUUGAAGAUGACAGGAAGGAGCAAGAACUGCUUUGUAGUAAAAAGGAUAUGCUGAGAAAUGACCUGGAAAAACUACUUGAAUUAGUGAAACAGAAGGAAAAGGAAAUUUCAGAAAAUGAUUCUAAAAUCAAAGAAGUUGAGGAAAGGAUCGGCAAUGUGGUCUCGGGUUUUCAGGAGAUGAAAUCAAACAUUGAUGCAAAGUGCGAUAACUUGCAAUCAAGUCUUUCCACGAUGGACUUGGAAAGUGAAGCUCUAUCAGAGAAAAAGAAAGAAAUUAACGAGUUCCUUAAGCAGGAAGAAGAAAAAGGUGCAAAGCUGAGGGAACUUGCCAGCGCUUCUGCAGAGGAAGCACAAACAUACCAGGAAACUGUGGAGCUGAGAAAAACUCUGAUGUCCUCCAUGCUGAACUCGAGGGAAGAUAAAAUGAGGCUUGUAAAAGCUGAGGAGAAGCUUUCUGAGGAUGUUCAAGUGCUCCAACAGGAAGUUUCCACUGCAAGAGCUUCUCUACAGGAACUAUCUGCAAGAAAGUCAAACAUUCAGCAGGAUCUUGCAUCCUUCAAGCAGCGAAUUCUUUUUAUAAAUAAAAGAGUCCCAGAGGUGGAAGCUGAAAAGAAAAUUGCUGCUUCUGCGAGAAACUUUAAGGAAGCUGCACGAAUAGCUGCUGAGGCAAAAUCAUUGAGUGUUGAAAAAGAAGGCAUACAGAAUGACAUGGAAACAACCACCUCAGAGCUUGAGAAGCUUGAGGAAGAGAUUAAAGACACCGUAAACAGGUUGCAGGACACUGAGGGGCAGAUUUUAUCCAAGGAAAAAGAGGUAGCAAUGGCUAGAUUCCAGAGGUUGCUUUUGAUAGCCGGUGCUGCCACAGCAGAAAGAAAUGCUGCUCUAGAAUUUGGUGACCUUGAAGAAGCUAACCUUCUACUUGCAGAGGCUGAAGCAGCAGAUUCUGAAGCUAAAAAACUUCAACCAAUAUACAAUUUCAAGGUGGAAGAAUUUGAAAAUCUUCCAAAACACUUCAUCUCCAUGGAACUUGUAUCCAAUCUUGGCAGUAAGCAGUUAGCAGAAUUAGCAGCGGUUGUUUCUUCUUCACCAUCAUAAUGAUUAGAAGGACCAACGUGAAUACUAUUGGAGAUAAUCUACAUCAUGAUGAUUAGCGGGAACAAUGCAAAGAUUUUGGUGAUAUUCAAUUGAAGAGCUAUUGAUAAACAAAGAUAAUCAGCAAUUUUGAAAAUUAUGAGAAGCUAGAACUACUUUGGCAAGCAUGAUAGGGAUUGUUGUGUUCUUUUGUGUUAUACAUGAUUUAUCCAACCCUUAGAUGUCUUCAGAUGUGAGAUUUUGUGCAUCACUACGAUUUUGAAGAUUACAGGUUUGGGAUCUAGACCUUCUGUCUAUUUUCAUCUUUAAUUUUGAAUGAUUUUCUGUGCGCUA